GUGACCACUCUCUUGGUGUCUGUGUCCGCAGGGCGGGCGGCCGAGGCCAGCGGUCCGGGGUCAGGCGCCAUGUCCUCCACCGUGAACAAUGGCGCAGCCGGCAUGCCGUCCCCGCCCGACGCCGCCAACGGCUUCCCGCAGCCCGGCGCCUCCUCCGGGGCCUGGCCCCGAGCCGACGAGGAGCUGCGGGCCGCGGAGCCGGGCCUGGUGAAGCGCGCGCACCGCGAGAUCCUGGACCACGAGCGCAAGCGGCGCGUGGAGCUCAAGUGCAUGGAGCUGCAAGAGAUGAUGGAGGAGCAGGGGUACUCAGAAGAGGAGAUCCGGCAGAAGGUUGGGACCUUUCGGCAGAUGCUGAUGGAGAAGGAGGGAGUGCUCACCAGGGACGACCGGCCUGGGGCCCACCUGCACAUUAGCAGGGAGCUGGAUGGGAAGCGGAAGCAGCCACGGCUCAAACGGUGCUCAUAUGGGACGCCAGUGUCGCUGACAGCAUCUUCCUCCACUGUGCCACAGCACCGGCCCCCACAGGGAUCUCACAGAACGCUGUUCCUAGUGAUGUCAUCAUCCAGGAAAACCAGGCUGGGAGAAACCAGGGCUCUAGACGCCACCAGCGCGGUGGAGACCCAACGGCCGACUGAGGGCAUCGAGCCAGGCCUCGAGUACGCGCCCUUUGAUGAGGACGACUGCCCGGUGGACUGCGGCUGCCCGGCCGCCUGCUACCGUGGGCACCGGGACUACAGGUCCAGCAGCUCGGCGUCACCCCCUCCCAAGAAAAAGAAGAAGAAGAGAGGCGGCCACCGGAGAAGCCGCAAAAAGAGGAGACCAGAAUCUGAAUGCAGCUGUGGGAGCUCCUCACCCCUGCGCAAGAAGAAGAAGAGUGUGAAGAAGCACCGCCGAGACAGGUCUAACUCUGGGUCCAGGAGGAAGAGGCGGCACAGAUCUCGAAGCCCCAAGAGCAAAAGAAAGGAAAAGAACAAAGAGAGGAAGAGGCCUCACACGGAGUCCCCAGGCCGGAGGUGCCAUCGCCAUAGCAGUGGCAGUUCCCACAGCCCCUCUCUGUCCUCCCAGUACAGCGGCUCCAGGUCACCCAGCAGGCUGAGCCCCAAACACCGAGACAGCGGGCGGAAGACUGGCAGCCAGCGCUCCAGCGGGAGCCGGUCGGCUUCCCCGUCGGGCGGCAGCGGAUGGGGGUCGCCCCAGCAGAACGGCGGCGGCGGCAGGCAGCGGAGCGCAGCGCACAGCGGCCGCCUGGGCCCGGCGCGCAGCCCGCCGGAGAAGCCCAGCUCGCCCUCGCCCAGGGCCCGCGACCAGGCGGCGGCCGCGCCCACGCCGCCCGCCCCCGCGCGGGGGAAGGACAGCCCGAGCCCGCGCUCCGCGCCGUCGUCGCAGGGCCGCGGGGGCCGCGCGGGGGCCGGGCCCGCCCGCAGGAGGAGGCGGCGGCGGCGGCGGCGGCGGCGCUCGCGCUCCUCGGCGUCCGCGCCCCGCCGCAGGGGCCGCCGGCGCGCCCGGCCCGCGCCGCCCCGGGGCUCGUCGCGCUCGCCCAGCAGGGUCCGCUCCAGCAGCGACUCCGGCGGCGGCGGCGGCGCCCCGGGCCCCGGCCCCGAGCCCGGCUCCGAGCGAGGCCACGGCGGACACGGGAAACGGGCGAAGGAGCGGCUCCCGCGCACCCGGCCCGGCAGCACCUCGCCGUCCCCCGGCGCACACGGCAGGCGCGGCGCCCCCGAGGGGAAGAGCUCUUCGCGCAGCCCGGGCCCGCACCCCCGCUCGUGGAGCUCUAGCCGCUCGCCGUCCAAGUCCCGCUCGCGCUCCGCGGAGAAGAGAACCCGCAGCGCAAGCCGCUCGCCGUCGCCCAAGAAGCCCGUGGGCCGGGACAAGGACGGCGAGGGCCGGGCCAGGCACGCCGAGACCGAGGCCGCCCGCGCGCGGCGCCGCUCCCGCAGCUACUCCCCCAUCCGCAAGCGGCGCCGGGACUCGCCUAGCUUCAUGGAACCGCGGCGCAUCACCAGGGUGCAGCCUGCUGAGUGGCCUGUGGCCAACCCGGGGGCCAGGCGGACCCCUCCCCACAGGCUGCGGGGGAGAUGCCCAUCCUCCUGCCUUCCACUAACUGCGGGCCAGCGGGAGUGCCCGCAAGCGCCCCAUCCCCUACUACCGGCCCAGCCCCUCCUCCUCCUCCAGCUGCCUGAGCAGCGACUACUCCAGCCGGAGCCACAGCCGCAGCCACAGCCCGGGCCACAGCCACGGAAGCUACAGCAGCCGCAGCCGGACCCGCAGCCGCACGCGCAGCCCCUCCCGGACCCCCAGCCCCAGCUACCACAGCCGGAGCAGCUCUGAGAGUGGGGGCCUCUGAGCCUAGAGGGACCCAGCCUGAUCCCCCGCCCCCGCCGGGGUGGGGAGGUGAUGUCCCAGGACUCGAAGGGCGAGGGGGCUGUGUCCUCCCACCCCUACUGCUACAGAGAUCCUGGGGCCAGCGCGGGCAGGGGGCACCCAGGAAGACCCUGAGGGUGGGUGCCCGCCCAGCGGACAAAAGGAGGAGGAGCCAGCCUGAGCUGCCCACCCCACCUCCCGGCCCACACACCGCAUCCAGGGAACAAAGAGCCGUGUGAACACAGGCCUCGCCUGCCCCUUACCGCUUGACGCCAGCUUCCCAGGCUGCGGCCUGCCGUGUCACUCACAGCUCAGCAUCCCCAGGCACACCUCGGAAGGUGCCAGACCUGGGGGCCCCUCCCACUCCACUGGCCCCUCCCCUCCUCUCUGCCACCGGGCCAUGAGGAGCUGGACACCAAGCAGGAGCUAUGCUAGACACAGGCAGAGCUGCCUGGCUUUGGCGCCCCUCCUCCAGGCCGGCUAAAGGAGGACCCCGGCUCAGGGCCGGCGGCUGGGCCUACAGCUUCCCCGAGCCCUGGUCCUGGCCUGGGCCCAGAAGUACCUGGACUGGGUAGCCCCAAAGUCCCAGCCUGAAGGUCAGCCUCACCCCUUGGCCUGGGCCAAGGCCACACCAGCCAGGCUUUCUGCAUGACAAAAGGCCCGGGGAGGGGGGUACAGGCCACAGCUGCACCUGACCCUGAGGUCAAAAGGGGUCAGGAGGUGGAAGAGGAAGGGGUGGAAAUGCAACGCAGGUGCCCAAAGGGAUGAGCGAACAGGCCAUGGGAGCUGAUGGGGCGGGAACCAGGUCAGCGCGUCCCGGCCCCAGGACAGCUCAGGGCCACAGGCACAGGAGAACGUGCGCUUUGGGGCCUGGUCAGCCAGGGAGCCCCAGAUCAGAGGAGGGAGGGCAGGAUCUGGGCCCUGGCCCUGGCCCUGGCCCUGGCCUUGGCCUGGGGCUCUGGGGGGAAGUAGCAGCUCCGGUCCUCCUCUGUGGCUCCCAGCCCCCUCCUCCUGGGGCCCUCAGGGAUCUCACAAAGUCUUCCUUGGCCCAACAGGGCAGAUGCCCUGGGCUCAGUGGGGGGAGGGGUCUGGGGUCUGGCCGGGUUUCCCCUCUCUCCAUUUCCCCUCCCUCUUUCUCCGCGGUGCGGAUAAAAAUUGGACUCCAAUAAAACACUUGGUGCCCGGA